AACUUGAGUGUGUUAACUACACCUUGACCUUUAGCUGCUAAGGUGCAGCUCAGUAAGGAGAUCGAGGAGAUGAAGCAGAGUAAGGAGGAGCUGGAGGUGAGGAUGAACGCCCUCAAGUCUCAGUAUGAAGGACGACUUCUGCGGCUGGACAGAGAGCUGAGAGAACUGAGAGGGACACAGGCACAGUCGGACCCCCGAGAGGAGCCCCAGGACCAGAGUGGAGCUAAGGCGGGGGAUCAGGCCAGACCUGCAGACCAGAGACAGAUUUCUCUGAAGAGUCCUGCUCAAGACCGCGGAAGCUCCAGCCUGUCCGACCCCCCCACUGCCAACAUCCGCCCCACCACAAGUACUCCAUCUCCUAGUAACAAGCCGAGCCCCUCCCAAGGUAGCAAGUCCACACCUCGUGCCAGCAUCCGGCCAAUGGUUACCCCAGCAACUGUGUCCAUCCCAACACCUACCGCCACUGUCAUGCCGACCACACAGACUGACAGUCAAGAUGUGCUGAUGGGUGCAGGAGCCGCUGUGCACUCCACCAGCUCCAGUCUGGUGAACACACCCACUUCAAUGACUCAGCCAACCAGCACCCAGGCCACAGCUUUUGUCCAGCCCACCCAGCAGCAGCCAGCCAAUCAGGACGCAGGCCCCAGUAUGGAUGCAGAGCGACCAUCUACGUCCUCUUUUCUGAGUGGAACAGCAGGUUCAAAGCGAAGCAUAGAUGAUGAAGACCGGGAAGAGGAGAACACACCUCCGACCUUGAAAAAACAAAAGAUAGCACUGCAG